AUGUUCAAUUUCUUGAAGAGCGCAGGCUUGGCACUGCUGGUGGUGGCCACCCGAUCAUUGGCAGCGGAUAUCGCUACCGAGGAUGGUGUCCUAGUGCUGGACCCCUCCAACUUUGCCGACGCCGUCGCACAGAACCCUACUCUUCUGGUGGAGUUCUACGCUCCGUGGUGCGGGCACUGCAAGAAGCUGGCACCGGAGUACGCCAAGGCCGCCGAGGCUCUGGCCAAGGAGGACCUCAAGAUAGCAAAGGUGGACUGCGACGCGCACAAGGACCUCGCCAAGGAGUACGGCGUUGGCGGAUUCCCCACCCUGAAGCUCCUCAAGGAAGGCAAGCCAUCUGACUACCAGGGCGGCCGCACUGCCGACGACAUCAUCAAGUACGUCAUCAAGAAGUCGGGUCCCGCCGCCAAGACCCUGACCACCAAGGCUGAGGCAACGGCGUUCGAGGGAGAGGACGAGGCGGUAGUGCUCGGGCUGUUCUCGUCCGCAGACUCCCCCGAGGCGAAGACCUUCAUGUCCGUGGCCAACGGCAUCGACAGGCUUCCGUUCGCCACGUCUUCCACGAAGGAGGUUCUCAAGGCCUACGGUGCGGGCAAGGGCGGCAAGGUGGUGAUCAUGAAGACCUUCGACGAGAAGAAGGCGGUGCUGGACGUUUCCUCUUCGACGACCGAGGAAGAAAUGGUGGACUGGAUCGAGGGCGCCUCGAUGCGCCUGGUCACCACCUUCUCCCCGGAGACCUCCUCGGCAAUCUUCGGCGGCAAGGUCAAGGUACACAUGCUCUACAUGGCCGAUGCCAGCAGCAGCACCUUCGAGGCCGAGAGCGCCGCCCUCACCAAGGCCGCCUCCACCAACCGCGGGAAGCUGCUCCACGUGCACGUGCCCCACACCGAGGACCGCGUGCUCCAGUACUUCGGCGCCAAGGCCGACAACCUCCCCAUGGUCGUCAUCGCCGACAUGACCUCCAACAGCGCCAUCAAGAAGUACAUGUACCCGGACAAGAUCACGGAGGCCGGGCUCUUGGGCUUCGAGAAGAAGUUCUUCGACGGAGAACUGGUCCCCACCCUCAAGUCCGAGGAGCCCGCGGACGAGGACCUCGCGGAACCGGUGAAGGUUCUCAAGGGGAAGAGCUUCUCCAAGCUGGUGCUCGAGAACGACAAGGACGUGUUGGUGGAGUUCUACGCACCGUGGUGCGGGCACUGCAAGGCACUCGCGCCUAAGUACGACGAGCUUGCGAGCAAGCUGGAGGGGGUUGACUCGGUGAUGGUGGCCAAGAUGGACGCAACCGAGAACGAGAUCGAUGUGGACGGGGUUGAAGUGGCCGGGUUCCCUACCCUCUUCUUUUUCCCGGGCAAGGACAAGUCCUCCCCGAAGAAGUACGAGGGCGCACGCGAGACCGAGGACAUGGCCAAGUACAUCAUGGACAACGCGUCGACCCCCUUCAAGCUGGAAGGUGUGGAGUCGGAGGACGUGAAGGACGAGCUCUGAUUCAAGCCAUGCAGACGAGACGACAGCAGCACCGCUCGGUGGCUCUAACUAUUGAUUUUUUGAUUGCGAGUUAGCGGAGAGCAACCGGGCGCGAAAGCAGAUAUUAGGUAGUUGAACUUGGGCUAUUUAGAACUGGCUGGGUGAUGUUGUUGACGCACACACGCGGCGCGCGCACUCAUUGAGGGUGGUUGUGUGUAAAUAUAGCGCCGGCGGCUGCUGUCGUUGUGGUUCGACAACGCGAGUGGGACACGUGACGUGGUGCGCACCUCUGUUGCUGACAGCGGCAGAGUGGGCGAGCCCGAGAAAUUUGUAGGCUACCUGCCUAGGAUGACUAGUCGUAUACUUACAUGUUUCUUUUUUGAGUCAAGGUAAGCGGGCUAGGUUGCCGCAAGCAGGUGGUUGAGAACCUAUGUUCCAUGUCGGUCGGGUGUGACAUGUCGUGAUGGUCUUGUCUAUCCCUCUCGGUGCAAGUGCCUUGGCGUGGAUUGCUCCGUACUUGGGCGGACUGCGAGCCACCCUGUCGCUUGAGCUGUGAGUCUCUGUUUUGUUUCUGUGCAAGUUGAAUGUGUUUUUUUGUUUGUCUUUGGUCAAAAGAGGUAUCUUAGAUGACGCCCAUCCUUGACGGGGGGCGAGGAGACGCAAAAGUUUGUUGGUGCUGUUAAGGCUGAAUUGAAAAGAUAAGCUCUUUUGGUGUGGGGGGUCCUGGGUGUUGCAGUUUUUUGGUUUUCCAACUUCUGCGGUGACCUUGACGUGAAAAAUAUGAAAAGAUGGUAUAAAAAAUGAUGCCUUUGUUUAUCAUUCUUGCUGUUAACCAUGCG